CUCCCUUAGCGGUAGCAACCUUUUGCAAAUGGCGGAAAUGCUAAGCUGAAAGAAUACUUGAAUUACUACUAGAUCUAUAAGCGUUCUUAGUUACGAGAAUGAAAAAAAUAUGGAAAAAGAUAAGAGGCAAAGAUAGGACCGGUGAAUACUCACCGAAAUCAGGCUCUACUAGAGGAUCUGUUUCAUCUUUAAACGUUAGCUUUGAGGUUAAAGAAAAAGAGCUCGGAAAACUUCAUAAAGCUGUAUGGUAUCGCGACUUGAACAAAGUUAAACAACUUGCUAAGAAAGAUCCAAGCCCACUAGACAAAGAAAAUAGAACACCUCUUCAUUUAGCUUGUGUUCGAGGCUACUCAGAGAUUGUUCAAGAAUUACUAGAAUGGAAAGCGAAAGCCAAUGUUGGAGAUAAUCAUUCCAGAACACCUUUGAUGAGAGCAGUUGAAUUUCAGCAUGAAGAAUGUGUUCAGCUAUUGUUAGAAUACCAUGUCGAGAUAGACACUGUGGAUAAAGAUGGGAUAUCAGCACUUCAUCUUGCAGUUGGAAAUAAUCACUUAAAAGUGAUCACUUUGUUGAUCAAGGCUGGUGCUUCUUUGAAUGUCAGAGACAUGGCUGGAUAUGCUCCCUUACAUCUUGCAGUCAUCAAUAAAUUUGAAGACGCAUGUCAUAUUUUACUACGAGGCAAAGCUGAUGUCAAUAUAACAGAUGCAACUUCUAAAACUCCUUUAAUAAUGGCUUGUUCAGUUGGUUCUAUUUCACUGGUAAAACUGCUUCUAGAAUAUAAGGCUGAUGUCACUCUAAAGGAUAAUAAAGGCUGGUCAGCUGAUGACCAUGCUGAAAUUCAGAGUCACCAUGCCUGCAGUCAGCUUAUUGCUGAUUACACAAUGAAGGGACAAACUCCAGUGUCAACUCCAAGAUCACUUUCUCAGCCUGGCAGUUCACUAACUACUCCCAGAGAACAAGUAGCUCUUGGUCUUCCUGUGGCUGAUGGAGGAGGUGAUGAUUCAGACAAUGAGACAAUCAGUAAAGUUUCUGGUGCUCCAGGGAGUAAUUCAUGGGCUGAUUCUGACGUAUCAGUUGGAGAAGAAGUGAAAAAAAAGGAUGACUCUGACCUUGAGGAAGAUGUUUUUGCUGAUGACAAGCCUGGUGGGCCCAAGAUAAAUGUCGCCAAAUUUGCCAGCAGCAUUCACAUUUCUGAAAGCGAUACUGAUGGAGAGUCCAUACCCAACUCAACACCAAGACGUAAAAUCUCUGUAGUGGGGAACCCAAUGGGCGACUGUCAGAUGUCAUACUCAGGCAAACCAGAAUUAAACCAACAAGUUUCACAGAAUGAAGACCCUUGGCAUGAUGAUCAAGUAACUCCUAGAAGAAGUAAUUCUAUGAAAGGCGUGUCAUUUAAAAAGGAUGAAGAACUUUCAGAGAUACAUGAUAUAACAAACACUGAAUCUGAAGGUGAAGAUUUUUAUACUGCAGUGGACAAGUCUAAGCCUCUAGGAUUGGCUAGUUCAACCCCAGCAAAAUCUGAUUUAGUGGCAUCAGGAGGUUAUGAGCCAUCAGGAGUAGGUCCUAGAGCCUCUGCUUCACUUGAGAAAAUGAGAGGAAGCGAAAAGUCAGCAUUUUUGGAAGAUCUUGGCAUCAGUGAUGUGGAUGACAUUAGUGAAGUGUCAGAGGGAGCAGGUCAGCCACCCCCCCUACCUGCCUCUCCACCUCCUGCUGUCCCUGGGACUCAGCGGAAACAGUUUGAUGACUGGGAUUCAUCUCUGUCCACACCAAGGCCUGGCAUUUUGAAAAAACCCAUCAAUUCAAUUUUAAAUGAAUCUAUACAAAAUAUUCAAGCCAAUGUUCAAAAAGAAGUUGACAUGAAUGUUGAAUCAGAUGAUGACAGUAGUGGAUGGGACUCUACAGAAACUGCUCCAAGUAAACCAGAACUUAAACCAAGUCUUCCAGCAGCUUUGAAAAAAAACAGUGUAUCAGAGUGGGACAGUGAUAUAGAGGACAUGGCCAACCCUCAGGCAAUUGAUUACUUGGCCAAUCCUCCGACAAUUGAUUACUUGGCCAACCCUCCAACAGCAGCAUCCAAUGACUCUUUCAAUGGCCAAGUUUUCAUUAACAACUCAAAUGAAACUGUGGACUUCAGGGAUGCAUUUACUGUUGAGCUAAACUUUGCCAAUUCAUUGGAAAAGGAAUUAGAACAAGUCCCAACAAAAACUGUUGGUCAGCCCAUGAAUGAAAGCAAUGACAAAGAGAGUACUGCUUCUUCCAGUGAUUGGGAUUCAGAGGCAGAAGACCUGCCAUCAGGUGAUAAAACAACUACAGCUUAUAUUCCCACUGAACCUCCUCCUGCCCCUAGCUCUCCUAAAGUGAAGGUACAAAACCAAGAUAUUACAAAGUCUGAAGAUGCUGAGGAAGAGUCAGAGUCUGUCAGCUCUUGGGAAUUGGAGAGAAAAAAACAAAAACAGUUGCAGAUGGCUGGACCAAAUAUGGAAGAAGCACUCCCUUGGGGAAUAGAACCUGACAAUGAACUGGAAAUAAUGCUUCGGGAGAAACAAGAAGAGCAAAUAUGGAUUCAGAGACAAGAGGAAGAAGAGAGAUUGCUUAAAGAAAGAGCAGAAAAAGAAAGAUUGACAAUUCAAAAAGAGGCAGAAGAACAUUAUAGAAAAAAAUUAAAGGAAGAAGAAGACAAAUUAAGACAAAGAGAGGAAGAAGAAAGAUUAAGGAGACAAAAGGAAGACGAAGAAAGGAUAAAGAGACAAAAAGAAGAAGAAGAAAGGAUAAGAAGACAAAAAGAAGAAGAAGAAAGGAUAAAGAGACAAAAAGAGGAAGAAGAAAGGAUAAGAAGACAAAAAGAGGAAGAAGAAAGGAUAAAGAGACAAAAAGAAGAAGAAGAAAGGAUAAGAAGACAAAAAGAAGAAGAAGAAAGGAUAACGAGACAAAAAGAGGAAGAAGAAAGAAAAGUGGAGGAAACUGAACGAAUAAGAAAACAAGAGGAGGAAGUGGAAGAUAUAUACAUACAAAAGAAGCAGUUAUUAAAUGCCAGAUUUGAAUUAGAUACAGAAAAAAGAGAAGAAAACAAUAAUCUUGAAUGGGAACGUGAAGAGAUGGAGAGACAAGCUGAGCUAGAAGAAGCUUGGGAACUUGAGGAAUUCAAGAAACAAGAAAUAUUAAGAAAAACUGUUGAUGAAAAGUUCGAUCAACAAAUUGCAAACUCAACUUCUGCUCCCUUGGAUCUGAUGACUGCUGUAGUGGACUAUGACAGAAAGCAGCCAUUGAGUAAUGCUGAUACCCCUCCACACUAUAGGCCUGUUCCAUUCAAGUCACCAAAAGGAAUAAAAUCUCAAGGAUUGCUGAACACUUACACAAGCAGCACAAGUUCUUCAGCUGUAGACGAGAUCAAACAGAGGCUACAGGUGACCUCUUCUUUGUCUCCUGCCCAGUUCCAGCAAGUGUCAAGUGAGAUGAAUGAGGAUGAUGAAUCACAACUUUCUGACAAUGCUGGAGAUGAUAGAGUCAAGCUUCCAGUCUCCUACUACCCAGGCAUGUACAGACCAAAUGACCCUCUUGAUGAUGAUGCACUGAGCUACACAUCAACAGAAGUGGAAGACAAUAGCUACACCACUGUUUCCUAUUGGAAGGACAGAGAAUUCUUUUCUAAUAUUAAUUUAGAAGACCCAACUGCUCUUCUGAGAGUCCAAGAGUAUGUGAGAGAUGCUAGACGACUAUUUGAACAAGAAAAGAACCAGAGGGUUGUGUUUGAAAACAAACUGAAGGUUGCAGCAAAUGAGAAAAGUGAAAUUCUUAGAAAACUUCAAAACAAUAAUCAAGAAAAGUCAGAUUUGGAACAGAAAAAUCUAGUAUUAAGUCAGGAAAUCCGAUCACUUCAACUUCAAAUCUCCAAUGAACAAGAAGAAAGACAAAAUGCCCAAGUGUUGUUGACCAAAACAAAAGAACAAUUGGAAAGAAAAGAAAGUCAAUUCUCCAGUGAACUAGAAGCUAAACAAUCAGCUGAACUGGAAAUGAGAAAUCUUCUGAAUGAUCUUCGUUCUGCUAAAAAUAGUAUUCAGGAACUGAAAAAAGAAAAAGAAGAACUAGAAAGGCAAAUGGAACAUAUUAGUAAUGCCCGAGAUGCCCAGAAAAAAAUGAAUGAUGACCAACAAAAAUUGAUUCUCCAAUUGCAGCACACAACCAGGGAGAGUUCCUCAUUGGAAUCUUCCCUUGAUUCAACGGGCAGGCUUGACAAACACAACCCAGAGCUCUACGCACUUCAGAUGGAACUUGAUCAGCAGAGACGAAGAUUCAAAGAUGAACUAGCCAUGUUGGCUGGGGAAAAUGAAGAGUUAGCUGCUAGAAAUGAGGAACUUAAAAAUUCAUAUAAACUAAGUGAAGAUGCCUUAGACCAGUCUGCCAUACAUUACAACCGUCAACUGGCAAAUCUAGACAAAGAGAUCAGUUCUGUGCAGUCAGCUCUUGAGAGAGAACAUGCAUCUAAAGAAAAACUGGAAUUGGAGAUUGAAUCUUUCAAAACAAGACUGCUCACUUCUAAUCAAGAAAUGGAGAAAGCUAUUAGUGCUAGAAAUGAAAUGGAAAGAGAUCAUAAAAGAGACAAAGAAACAUGGCUUAAUGAACUGGAAAGGAAAGAGAGAGAAUUGAAAGAGAACAAAGAAGAAAACCAGAAUCUAAGUCAGCUGUUACAUAACACUGAAGCCAGACUCAAUGUGAUUGAAAAUGAGCUACAUGUUUCCAACACAUCCUUGACAGAGAGAAGUUCACAGUACCAACUUAUGAAACAUGAGCUGGACAGACAGAUAGCAGCACAACAAACUUUGGACCAAAACUAUAGGCAAGAGAAAGAAUUGAAUAUCAAACUGCAAACUAAAAUUGAAACCUUACAAGAACGGCUGAAUACACAGCAGCAGGAAACUUUCUCCUUCAAACAACAGUUGGACUUACUCAAAUUGAAUUCUGGCCAUACCCAGGGAACUGACAGCCAAGACAAACUGAACAGUCUUCUGGCCAGCUUAACAUUGGACAAUGAUAGGGCUAAAGCCAGUCUGCAAGAAAAGAACAGUAGUUUAAUAGAACAAGCUGCAAGGCUGAAGGAGGAAGUGAAGGCAGCUGAGUUAAGAAGAUCUUCAUUGGAACAAGAUCUCAAACAUCUACAGGAGGAACACAACAGCUUGGUGAAGAAAUUGUCUCAAACAGAUGCAUCAUUACAGAUAGCACUAAAGGCCAAGGAACAAGCUGAACAAGAAAGAAUGUCUCUUAAGUCUGAGCUAGACAGACUACAACACAAGUAUCAAGAGACUCAUGACAAGUCUGUGGAGUCUCAGGCCAGAAUCUCUGAACUUGUUGAUAGACUGGAGAAAGCAGAAAGUACAUCUCUUCUAAGUCACCAGCAUUUGGCCAACACAUCUGCCAACAUGCAGGGUCUAGUCAUCAGUAAGUCUCAACUGGAUGAAACCAUGCAACAGCUUCAGAUAGAAAAUACUAAACUGGAAGCUGAACUCAAGUAUGAAAAACAAAGGGCAGACAUGUUGAAUCAGGAUCUACAAGAUUCAAUGAAGGUGCGGAGCAGUUUAGAAGCAUUGUGUGCUAACUUGAAAUCCAGUUCAGCUCAUUUAGAAGAUAGACUAGGUGAAGAAAUUGCAGCAAAAUCUUUAUAUGAAGCUGAGGCACGUGAGCACAAGGACUUGUAUGACCUUGAAAUGAAAUCAAGGUCAAAGUUGGGUCGUAGGAUUGCUGAUUUAGAGAGAAACAAGGGAGAGGAAAUGACAAGAGCUAACUUAGCUGAUGAGAAACUGAGGCAUCUUGAGUUGCAGCUUGAAUUUGAAAAGGAAAAAAAUCAAAAGUUACAGAAAGAUGUAACCACAUUAAAACUACAUCUGAAGUCAGCCAAGAAUAAAAUGAAGGAAGAGGGAGGGUUGUCUCCCCAUGACCCUGACUAUACAGAGUUUCAGACAGAUGUGUUCACAAAAGAAACCUUUGUCUCAACACCCAGAGAUCAGAUUCAUGCAAAAGAAAAUAUUGAUGACAUCAAAACUCAACUGGAAGCAAAAUAUCGUAAGGAGCUGAACAGAAAACUAAGUGAUGUCAACAAAUUUUUAGAAUCUCAGUCCCAGCUACGUGAAAGACUUGAUACUUCUAGAGCAGAUCUAGAGACAAACUUAGUGUUUGAUAAAAGAAAACUGGAGGAAGAAAUGAAUAAUUUGCGCAUUAAAUAUGAACAAGCUGUUGCUCAGAGGGAGACGAAGGAAAUGGAAGCCAAACGUUUCAGAGAACUUUAUGAAUCAGAGAUGAAGUGGAGAAUUCGUGUUAGUGAUCAGCUUCAACUGGCCACUGAGAAAAGUUUUAGUUUACAAUCCAAACUCACCAAUGAGCGCCAUCAUCGCAACAGACUUACAGGAAGUAUAGGAAAUUUGAAUAGUUCUGUUUUAAGCAACAAUGGUUUUGAAUUCAGCAGAGUGAAUGGAUUUCAUGAUGAUGAACUGUCUAGUAAAAUCCAAGCUGAGCUGGAUCGCAGUAUUGCUAAACAUUUAGAAGCAGCUCCACAUGACUACAAGAAAGCUUUCGUCAGACCAACCAGUGAAACUGACAGAUUUACUUCCUCACUCACUCAGUCCAGCAGUGAUUACUUUGAGAUCUUAAAGAGGAAAUAUUGUGUUUGAUAGAAACACAAUACACAAUAUAUUUUUUUAGCUGUCAAACUUAGUGUAUAAAUUGACUUGACUAGAUAGUAUCACAUGACUAGUUUACAUCACUUGACAUAUACACAGAGAAGAACAAUAAAUUGAAUGUAAACUGAUUGGUCAGUUUGCAUGUGAAGCUGUACAGCAAGUCGCUACACAAUUAUAAAUAGUAUAAUGUCAUACCUAACACAUUUUUUUAUUUUCUUUUUUCGAUUAAAAAAUGUGUUGGUUUGGAAACGUGAGAUGUGCAUAAUUAUCUCCCUAUCAAUUUCCAAUCUGGGUUUUUAAUCACUAGACAAUUGAUUGCUUGUUCAAAACGUUGCACCAGUAUGUUAGUUCAGUCUGUAGACAUGAAAUAGUCUAGUAAGUGGUACUUAAUAGAGUGCUCAUUGAACACCAGUAUGUUAGUUCAGUCUGUAGAAAUGAAAUAGUCAGUGGUACUUAAUAGAGUGCUCAUUGAACAGCAGUAUGUUAGUUCAGUCUGUAGAAAUGAAAUAGUCUAGUAAGUGGUACUUAAUAGAGUGCUCAUUGAACAGCAGUAUGUUAGUUCAGUCUGUAGACAUGAAAUAGUGUAGUAAGUGGUACUUAAUAGAGUGCUCAUUGAACAGCAGUAUGUUAGUUCAGUCUGUAGACAUGAAAUAGUGUAGUAAGUGGUACUUAAUAGAGUGCUCAUUGAACACCAGUAUGUUAGUUCAGUCUGUAGACAUGAAAUAGUGUAGUAAGUGGUACUUAAUAGAGUGCUCAUUGAACACCAGUAUGUUAGUUCAGUCUGUAGACAUGAAAUAGUGUAGUAAGUGGUACUUAAUAGAGUGCUCAUUGAACAGCAGUAUGUUAGUUCAGUCUGUAGACAUGAAAUAGUCUAGUAAGUGGUACUUAAUAGAGUGCUCAUUGAACAGCAGUAUGUUAGUUCAGUCUGUAGAAAUGAAAUAGUGUAGUAAGUGGUACUUAAUAGAGUGCUCAUUGAACACCAGUAUGUUAGUUCAGUCUGUAGACAUGAAAUAGUCUAGUAAGUGGUACUUAAUAGAGUGCUCAUUGAACAGCACAAUAUCUACCUCUUGGUGGGAAGAUAGAAACAUACAAGCCCAAUAUAAAAAAAAUAUCAAAUCACAAAGAAUUUUGAAUUUCUUUUUUAGAUUUAUAAAAAUUUAAAUGUCUAGUAGAAUAAAUGUUGUUAAUUACUUAACUUCAGAACAGUUAUUCCUCCAUGACAGCCCUUUGAACAGCUUAUAGAAUACUUCUGUUUCUAAAUAUCUCAAUAGAACACAUGUGUGACAUUUCUCUCUUCUUGUUAUGCAUUGCUUCUCUACCUGAGCAGAAUUGUGUUUUUUCCAGUUUUGGAUAGCACACUGUUUUUUAAAUGGUGUGUAACUUUGAGUUGUAACAUUUGAUUCUUGAGGCUUACCAUAAUAAGGCUUUGUCUUAAGUGGGGUAAGAAUGAAUGCAGUUAAUGGUGAAUUGAUUGGUGAUAAAUAUCCCACAUUAAAAUGUGUGGAAACUUAUUUUGUGCAACAAUAUCAUCGUAUGUACAAAUAUUUUCCUAAAAUUUUUUUAUAGAAUAUCAAAAGAACAAAGAAACAAGUAUAUUCUGAAAUAGAAUUAAUAGCUAAUCUGUGUCAAUAUUAUUAAUAAUUUUUUUUACAAUCACUAUAAGUUGACAUUGAUAAGUGUCAAUCUUAAGUUUUGUUUUUACCGUCCAUUGCAUAUAUCAAUAUAGAUAUAUAUAUGUGUGUUGUUGUUUUUACUUUAACAUAAUAUACAGUUUAUUAUUAAGCCUUCCAUAUCAAAGUUAAUUGUUUUUUUAUUUAACUAUACAUGGUUAAUAAAUACACAAAGAUCUGAUAUAUGAUACCUGUACUUCACAUGUUAUUUUUCUGGUUCUUACUUAUGUACUAAUCCGUCCAUAAUUAUUUUUGUGUAGCUUAUACAAAUUUGACGUUGAUAUUUCAAAAGGUUCUAUCUAUAUUAAGAAACUUGAAUAUUUGGUAUUAUAGUACAUUAUUCUGUUGCUAGACAACAUGCAAUCAAGAAAAGAUUGAACUAGAUAAAUGAGUGGUUAUUGCCAUCCCCUUCUAUUGGAUUCACAUAUUUAGGAAAUGAUGCAUUGCAAGCUAACUCACAGAAAUACAUGGAUAUUUAUUCUAAUAUGUAAAAGAAAGGGGCAAUUGAAAUAAGAAUUUAAGGCCCAGGUUUGAGGGACACAAUAUUUAUGACCACUGCAAAAAUCUGAGAAAUAUUCCUCAAAGUUUUAUUGAGCUGAGUGAAAUGGUGUUAAUUUCUAUAAAUAAUUAUUUAUAGACAACCUUACAAUUUUAGUUAUUAACUAAUAAAAUUCUACUUAUUCUAUUACUUCUAAUCAUUCUGAAAUAAAAAUUGUCUUAUUGAUUUUAAUGCUCCUUUACAUUUCUUUUUUUUUUAGUUAAUACUAAUGUACUGAUAACAAGCACAAGUCUGACAAUGUAUUAAACGUUAUAAUAUACAGCAUUUUUAUUUUUUUUAGCCUUGUUGAUUAAUUGUUAAUGUUACUUUUUAUUAAAAAAUCAUAAAAAUAAUUAAAAUAAUAAUAACAUUUAAAGAAAAUGAAAUCAGCUAAGAUGUGUGAGGUAACUCUUAUACCAUUCUUAUCAAACUACUCCUAAUUUUUAUCAUAUGAAACAGCUAACCACUAGCCAGACUGAAUUUUAUUUUCAGCACUUUAAUUUUAUUAUCCAUCUUUUUCUUACAAACUAAUUCUCUGUCUAGCAAGAUUUGUACUAAGAAUUAAUUUGAGGAAAUAUUUUCCAUCUCAUAUUUUUCUUUAAAAAUUAUUCUUUUAGAAACUUUGAUUACUAAAUGACUGUACGAAUUUUGGCUUCUAGUAGUAUUGUAAUUAGCUGUACUGUAAUUAUAGAUACUUGGAUUAUAAAAUAAACUUCUCUAGUGAUUAAAUAAUAGCUGACUUGUAAAGGUCCAUUCCAAUCAUUAAUACUGAGUAAUUAGAAAUCUAGACUUUCUGAGAUUAGUACUGAAGAAUGGAAAUCUAGACUUUCAGACAUUAGUACUGUGUGAAUAGAAAUCUUGAAUUUUAGAAAGUAGUUGAACAGUUAAUAACAGAGAAGUAAAAAGUGUAUCUUUAGAGUUGAGACAAUUUUCUAUAGUUGCUUAUAGUAUGCUCAUGUAUGUAGCGUUCAGAGUGUCACCAAGUGUAUUCAAGUCUUUGUAAUAUCACAAUAUCAUAUUAAAGACAAGUAUUCUAACUUCA